AGACCAUUGAUUGAAAUAAAACAUAUCAGCAAAUAGAGGCCAUCUCCUCGCAAAAACUCGAAAACGCCCUCAUCAGUAUCGGUAUUCGGUGUGCUUAGUCAUAUACAAAAUCCCAAAGCUCAAGCUACUCUUCUCUCACGCAUCGUUCACGUCUACAACACCGCCCAAACCACGUGAACUCGCCGACGCCUAAUUCUCCCUACCAUAUUUCCUCGACUUCGCCUACCCAGAAAUUACGCGACAACGUUAAUUAUGGCUGCGCCAGGAAAAGGCGCUGGGCGUGUGCCUACUGGAUUCGCAGCGGAAACGUACAUCAGCGACCACACUUUUCGCCAAGGACACCGAGCGAUAGAAGGAGGGCAAAACUCGAAAAAGAGAAAGAGAGAAGGCAAAGGCGACUCGAGCGUGGUGACCGGAGCUGGCGCAUACAAAGGACCGUGGGCACGAUACGAGGAAGAGAGACCAGACGCAGCUUCAGACGACGAGUUUGGCAGUGACGAAGAGGUGGAGAUAAUAUACGAGGAGGAUGAGAUUGAGGAGAACCCAGAAGCUGCGCCGAAGAAGCUUGCCGGCACCGAUUACCACGACACCGAGGCCGAGGGUGAAACGACCGAGUUCAAGGGCAGCGAGCAGUACGACUACCAAGGGCGAACGUACAUGCAUGUGCCUACCGACCUCGACAUCAAGCUCACUGGAGAGUACGAACCGAAAAACUUCAUACCGAAGAAGCUCGUGCACACCUACAAAUACCACACCAAGUCCAUCACCCAAGUACGGUUUAUUCCGGACAGCGGUCAUCUGCUGCUAUCCGCUUCUGCAGACUCUAAGAUCGCCAUCUGGGAUACGUACCACCAGCGAGAGCUGCUACGAACCUACUCAGGCCACACGAAGUCUGUCAACGAUAUUGACUUUAACCCCGAUGGAUCGCAAUUUAUCUCUGCCAGUUACGAUCGUUACAUGAAGCUCUGGGAUACGGAGACCGGAAAGUGUUUGAACAAAUUCACAACUGGAAAGACACCCCACGUCGUGCGCAUCAAUCCCAGUACACCACACGAGUUCCUGGCUGGUAUGAGCGAUAAGAAGAUCCUGCAGUACGACACAAGGAGCGGAGAGAUGGUACAGGAGUACGACCACCACCUGGGACCCGUCAACACUAUCACGUUCUGCGACGAGAACCGCCGCUUCGUCACGACAUCAGACGACAAGUCGCUCCGAGCUUGGGAAUACGGUAUUCCAGUACCCAUCAAGUUCAUCGCUGAACCGUACAUGUUCUCCAUGGUCCGCUCAGCUCCUCAUCCUUCCGGCAAAUACGUCGCCUUUCAGUCGUCGGACAACCAAAUCACCGUCUACUCUUCAACCGACCGGUUCCGUCAAAAUCGCAAGAAGAGCUACCGCGGUCACAACGUGGCUGGCUACGCACCUGACGUGGCUAUCAGCCCUGAUGGACAGUUCGUCACCUCUGGAGACAGUGGCGGCUAUGUCUGCUUCUGGGACUGGAAGACUUGCAAGAUGUGGCACAAGAUCCAAGCAAGUGAUGCGCCGGUACUGGCGGUACAAUGGCAUCCGCGCGAGACCUCGAAGCUGGUCACUGGUGAUUUGAACGGUGUGCUGAAGUACUGGGACUAGAGCGUUGAUGGAUGUGCAAGAAUACAACAUAGAGACUGUAGCAUAGUUGGAGACUGAUCAUAAUGAUACCCCAAAC